CCAACUCAGAGCCGAGGCCACGCGCGGGGCGGUGUUCAGCUGCAAUCGUGCCGGGGGAGGACGGACGCGCAAAGACGAGACCUCAUGGGGCCACAGACCCUCGGGCAGCGGCGGUGGCGGCUUCGAGGAGCGUGACGCCGGCAGCUGCACGACGAUUGGUGGCGCUGCGCGAGCCACUGCGAGACUCCGCGCACUAUGGCCGGCCUGCAGCUGGUCACGCCGGGGCCCUCGGCGGGGCCCCUGCUGGGCCUGCCCUGGCAGCAGGACACGGUCCACGACAACAUAUUCACCCCGAGGAAGUACCAGGUGGAGUUACUGGAGGCCGCUCUUGAGCGCAACACGGUCGUGUGCCUCAACACGGGCUCGGGGAAGACCUUCAUCGCCGUGCUGCUCAUCAAGGAGCUCGCUCACGCCACCAGGGGCGAGGAUGGCUCGCAAGCCAAGCGCACCGUCUUCCUCGUCAGCACGGAAGCGUGCAUGGCGGAGCAGGCGGCGGCCAUCCGCACGCACUCGGACCUGACCGUGGGGGAGUGCACAAGCCGCGACUGCCUGGACGCCUGGGAUGACUCGAGGUGGCGCAAGGAGCUUGCGCUGCACCAGGUUCUGGUGAUGACGUGCACCGUGUUUCUGGAGGCCCUCCACUGCCAGUUGGUGCCGUUUUCCCGCAUCAACUUGCUGGUGAUCGACGAGUGCCACCAUGCCCUCACCGAGCAUCCCUACAGGCACAUCAUGCAGCUCUACUGUGCGCAGCCUGAGUCGGAGCGGCCUCGCAUCCUGGGCCUGACGGCCGCCAUCUUGGACGGCGAGUGCCGCCCCGGUAGCCUCCAGCGCCGCAUCCAGCAGCUGGAGCAGACCCUGCAGAGCAGCGCCGAGACAGCCACCGACCUCGUGGUGCUCGACCGGUACUCAUCGCAGCCCCACGAGGUGGUGCUGGAGUGUGAGGAGUACGCGGACGCCAUCGGGCUCUACGCAGACCUGCGCCGCCAGCUGGAGGACGCCAUCGCCUUCGUCACAGACUGCGCCACCAGCGAACAAGGCGAGCGGGACCCCCGGGCGCUACCGCUGCAGAUCCUGUCGGAGUGCCACACGGUGCUCACGCUGCUGGGACCCUGGUGCGCCGACAAGGCCGCUGGCCUCAUGGUGCGCGAGCUGCAACGGCAGGCGCGGCACGACACCUCCUCCAUCACCGCCGUCUCGCCCGACGGCUCCGCGCUGGAGGCCUUGCCGUGCCUCGGCGACGGCAGCCCGCCCGCGCCGCCCGCACAGGGUGCGCAGCAACAGCUGCGGCGCCGCCUCAUCCUGCUGGCCGACACGCAGCUGCGCCGGCUGCACGCCAUGUGCGAGGGCCGUCUGCCCGCCGCCGCCGGCGGGGCGGGCUCCCUGCCGGCGCCGCUAGGACCACCGUACGUCACACUGAAGGUGGUGCGGCUCCUGGAGGUGCUGCGCGAGUACCGGCCGCUGGAGAGGCCGCAGGCCGUCGGGGCCCAGGGCUACUGCUACCAGAGUGACGAGUGGUACAACAACCGCGGGCAGGCCACCUAUGUGUCGUGGAGCGACUCGUCGGAGGAUGAGGAGGAGGAGGAAGAAGAGGAGGAGGAGGAAGUGGGGCGGCCGGACGAGGACACCGGCGGUGCUGACGAGCGGGACGCCGGCAACUCCAACUUCCCAUCGCCGUUCACUAACAUCCUGUGUGGCAUCGUGUUCGUGGAGCGGCGCUACAUGGCGGUGGUGCUCAACCGGCUGAUCAAGGAGGCGGGCAAGCAGGACCCCGAGCUGGCGUACAUCAGCAGUAACUUCAUCACGGGGCACGGCAUCGGCAAGAACCAGCCGCGCAGCCGGCACAACGAGGCCGAGUUCCGCAAGCAGGAGGAGGUGCUGCGCAAGUUCCGCGCGCACGAGACGAACCUGCUGGUGGCGACGAGCGCGGUGGAGGAGGGCGUGGACCUGCCCAAGUGCAACCUGGUGGUGCGAUUUGAUCCGCCCGCCGAUUACCGCUCAUACGUGCAGUCCAAGGGCCGCGCCCAGGCACCCGUCUCCAACUAUGUCAUGCUGGCCGAUGCCCAGAGGAUGCCUGCCUUCCACCGCGAACUGUGCACCUACAAGGCCAUCGAGAAGAUCCUGCGCAGCAAGUGUUCCAAGUGCCCCGAGGCAGUGGAAUGCGGCGGUGGCAGCGGCGGUGGCGAGGUAGACGCCUUGGUGGUGAGCUGCCAGGAGGACCUGCUGCCCGCCUAUGCACCGCGGCAGGACGAGAGCGGCGCUUCCGUGACCCUCAACUCGGCCAUCGGACUCGUCAACCGCUACUGUGCCAAACUGCCAAGCGACCCCUUCACCCACCUGGCGCCCAAGUGCAAGACGUUGGAGCUGCUGGACGGAACGUUCUGCUCCAUGCUGCACCUGCCAAUCAACUGCCCGCUCAGGGACCCCGUGGUGGGACCCUGCAUGUCCACCAGGAGGCUGGCGGAGAAGGCCGUGGCGUUGCUGUGUUGCGAGCGGCUGCACAAAGCAGGUGAGUUGGACGACCACCUGCUUCCCGUCGGCAAGGAGACGGUGAAGUACGAGGAGGAGCUGGACUUGCACGACGAGGAGGAGACGGGGGUCCCUGGCCGGCCUGGCUCCACCAAGCGCCGCCAGUGCUACACCAAGACGAUCCCGGAGUGUCUGAACAGCAGCUACCCGCGUCCUGGCAGCCCCUGCUUCCUGUACGUGGUGGGCAUGGUACUGAGCACACCGCUACCGGAUGAGCUCAACUUCCGCCGCCGGAGGCUGUACCCGCCCGAGGACACGGCGCGCUGCUUCGGCAUCCUCACCGCCAAGCGCAUUCCGCAGAUCCCGUGCUUCCCCGUGUACACGCGCUCGGGAGAGGUGACGGUGGACAUCCGCCUCUGCCGCUCGUGCUUCCAGCUGACGGAGGAGCAGCUGGCGCUGGUGACGCGCUUCCACCAGUAUAUCUUCUCGCACAUCCUGCGCCUUGAGAAGCCCGACCUGGAGUUCCAGCCGGCGCUCGCCGAGGCGGCAUACUGUGUGCUGCCCCUCGACACCGUGGACGCAGGCGGUGACCUGGACAUCGACUUUGGGUUCAUGGAGGAGAUCGAGCUGUCGGAGGCGCGGACCGGGAUCCCCGCCAAGCAGUACUCGCAUGAGCACCCCUUCUCGUUCCUGCUGCCCGACUACCAGGACGCCGUCAUCAUCCCGCGAUACCGGAACUUCGACCAGCCGCACCGCUUCUACGUUGCGGACGUGUACACGGACCUGACGCCGCUCAGCAAGUUCCCCUCGCCCGAGUACCAGACCUUCGCCGAGUACUACAAGACCAAGUACAACCUGGACCUCACCAACCUGAACCAGCCGCUGCUCGAUGUCGACCACACGUCCUCCAGGCUGAACCUGCUCACUCCCCGACACUUGAACCAGAAGGGGAAGGCUUUGCCCUUGAGCAGUGCGGAAAAACGCAAGGCCAAGUGGGAGAGCCUGCAGAACAAGCAGAUCCUGGUGCCGGAGCUGUGCGCCAUUCACCCGAUCCCGGCAUCCAUGUGGCGCAAGGCUGUGUGCCUGCCGAGCAUCUUGUACCGCCUGCACUGCCUGCUCACGGCCGAGGAGCUGAGGGCGCUCAUCGCCAGCGAGACGGGCGUGGGGCUGCACGCUCUGCCCACCUCCUUCAGGUACCCGAACCUGGACUUCGGGUGGCGGAAAUCCAUCGACGUGAAAAAGCCGAACGCCGCCGCUUCCGUCGCCGACGAGGACGAAACGGACAGCGACGAAGGCGACGCGGCACGCGACCCGCGACACGACCUUUGCACUUCACCGGCGGCGGGAGCCGGGCUUGAGGCGAGCGACGCAGCUAGCGCGCCCGCGGGGCAACUUGCACUAAACGUAUUGAAACAAGAACGUGGGUCUGCGGAAAACUGUAAUGGCCAGCAAACGUCACUGCCAGCGUUCGAUGCCAAUAAGAAUGCAGUACUGCAAUCUACCUCAACACCUCCCCCCUCUCCUCGUGGUGCGAACGCCGUGCAGCCACCUAGCGCCACGCCAGAGAUGAAUAAUUCGCUGGAGAGUGCCGGUCAUUCGGAUGGCACAAACGACUGUCUCGCUACCUCUCGACCUGCACCCCCGCCCGGCUCCUCCGGUCGGAAGAGCCCGGACGCGGCUGUGGGAGAACGGGGAGACCUUGAGCGCAUGGAGGGUGGCCGCUUGCCGUCCGACAGCCCGAUUUUCGUCGGUUCGCAACGAUCGGAAGGGACGAUAGAAUUGAUCGAACGAGACCUGCGUCGCGCCACGCUUAACGUCAAAUCGGAGGCGGCAGAGUCGCAGGGCAACAAUAGCCUCGCGGCGGCGGAAACCGCUAUCCGCAAUCUCAACAAACUCAACGUUACUUUCGACCCAGCGUUGUCCAACAGCCUCGGGAAGCAGCCACCGGACACUACAAAUCACAGAAGAAACGAAAAGCAGAUUCCCGCCAUCAUUGCGAGAGAAGCCCCGAGCAACAACGUCGCGGCGGUGACUCGGGCCGGCAAGGUUUUGGGCUGCGAGGGUAACGGCGGCGGCAGCAGCAGCAGCAGCAGCAUCCACGAGGAGGAGGAGCACGGCAGCUCUGGCUCGGGCUGUGGCGAGCUGCCCGGCGAGCUGCCCGGCGAGCUGGCCGGCGAGCUGGCCGGCGAGCUGGCCGGCGAGCUGGCGCCCUCCUCGGUGGUGGCGUCAGCCGUGGGGCCGAACCCGGGGCUGGUGCUGCAGGCGCUCACGCUGUCCAACGCCAGCGACGGGUUCAACCUGGAGCGGCUGGAGAUGCUGGGAGACUCGUUCCUGAAGCACGCCAUCACCACGUACCUCUUCUGCACCUACCCGGACGCGCACGAGGGCCGCCUCUCCUACAUGCGCAGCAAGAAGGUGAGCAACUGCAACCUGUACCGUCUGGGCAAGAAGAAGGGCCUGCCCAACAGGAUGGUGGUGUCCAUCUUCGACCCGCCCGUCAACUGGCUCCCGCCGGGCUACGUCGUGAACCAGGAGAAGAGCCAUUUGGGGGACAGCGACACGGCCAAUGACGCUGCUGACGUCGCCCAGACCGGCAGUACCAGCAGCAGCAAGAACUCGGCGGCCGACAAAACGGACCCCUCGUCGGGCGACGAGGAUGACCCGGAGUUCAACGAGGCCCUCGUGUGGAGGCCGCCCUCGGACGACGACUCCCUUCCCGGUGCCGCCGUGCCCGCCGCCGCCGCCGCCGUCGUGGACGACUCGGAGAACGACUCGGACGAGUUCGACCAAGAGCAGAUCCGCUUCAUCGACAGCAUGCUCAUCGGUUCGGGCGCCUUCAAGAAGAAGAUCGCCGGUGUGGGAACCAGUGGCUCGGUCCCGUGGGCCGCGAAUCGCAUCGGGGCCCUCCCUCGCGAUGCCGGCGCCGGCUUCACCGGCGGCGGCCGCGGCGGUGUCGGCGGCGGCUGCGGUCACGACGCCACGAUGACGCCGUCUGGCGGCGAGUGGACCGACUAUAGCUCGUGGGACGCCAUGUGCUACCUCGACCCGAGCAAGGCGGCGGGCAACGGCGACGACGACUUCGUGGUGGGCGUGUGGAACCCGGCGGAGGAAAGCGGGGGGGCUGGCGCGGCCGGCGGAACGGGCCCCGCGGGGGAAGGACAACCGGCCUCUGCCGGGGCCGUCGGCGGGGCCCUGGGCAGGCCGUCGAUCUCGUACGACCUGCACACGGAGCAGUGCAUCGCCGACAAGAGCGUUGCCGACUGUGUCGAGGCGCUGCUGGGCUGCUACCUGACGAGCUGCGGAGAGAGGGCGGCGCAGCUCUUCCUUUGCUCCAUGGGCCUCCGGGUGCUGCCGCCGAAGAACAAGGGUGAGACGGGCCUCUCCGUCGUGCCCCGCCGCGGACGGGGCGUCGACCCGCCGUGGCCGGCGGCUGUCGUGGGAGCCUCUGGCAGAAUCGGCUUUGGCUCGGAAGCGCAGCCGGAAAAAUCCGUCGUUCGGGCACUUUCCAGCUUGUCUCUUACCAACAACGCCGAUGCGAGUUUAGCUCCAGACUCCCCCGCAUGUGACAAUAACAACAAGGCGAUGGCAGGAGUUGUUGAAAUGCCGCGGAAAGAGGAGCCGAGCCCGGCAGUCGGUGAAUGCGAUGCGGCGGCGACGGCGGCUCCUGCUGACGACCGGCGCAGCACCGGCGCAGGUGCCGAUGCGGCGGUGCCAGGCGAAGGUGCCGGUACGGCGGUGCCGAGCGAAUGUGCCGGUGCGACCGCGGAGAGAACGAAAGAGGAAACCGCUGAUUGCGAGAGGAAGCAGGAGUACAGCUUUCUUGCCAUCCCGCCGCGCUGCAUGUUCCACAGGCCCGACGCGAUGCAGAUCCUCCAGCGUCUCAUCUCCGGGUAUUCUGGCUUCGAGUCGAAGAUAAGCUACUGCUUCUCCAACAAGGCCUAUUUGCUGCAGGCCUUCACGCACGCUUCCUACUACUACAACACCAUCACAGACUGCUACCAGCGUCUGGAGUUCCUGGGCGACGCGAUCCUCGACUACCUGAUCACGAAGCACUUGUACGAGGACCCACGGCAGCACUCGCCGGGGGUGCUCACCGACCUGCGCUCGGCGCUCGUCAACAACACCAUCUUCGCCUCGCUCGCUGUCAAGCACGACUUCCACAAGUUCUUCAAGGCCGUGUCGCCGGAGCUCUUCCUUGUCAUCGACGACUUUGUCCGCUUCCAGGCCGAGAAGGACGAGAUGCAGGGCAUGGACUCGACGCUUCGGCGCUCGGAGGAGGACGAUGACGAGAAGGAGGAGGACAUCGAGGUGCCAAAGGCCAUGGGCGACAUCUUCGAGUCGCUCGCUGGAGCCAUCUACAUGGACAGCGGCAUGUCGCUGGAGACCGUGUGGCGUGUCUACUACCCCAUGAUGCGGCCACUUGCAGAGAAGUUCUCGGCGAAUGUUCCACGUUCCCCAGUGCGGGAGCUGUUGGAGAUGGAGCCUGAGACGGCCAAAUUCAGCCCGGCGGAGCGGACCUUCGACGGGAAGGUGCGCGUCACGGUUGAGGUCGUGGGCAAGGGCAAGUUCAAAGGCGUCGGCCGAAGCUACCGCAUCGCCAAGUCCGCGGCGGCACGCCGCGCGCUACGCAGCCUCAAGGCCAACCUCCCACAAGGGCAGCCAGCCUUCUGAUUUACCACCAGCCACCUGUCAUCCAUCCAGGCUCUCACUGCCUCCUCGUUCCCCCUCCCCCCAUGCCCAAGUUGAUGGAGAUUUCCUGCUCCCCAUUUUCCAGGUUAAAGGGAGUCACUGCCAGCUAGCUGCCCGCUCGCCAAAACAGACGAGUUGCGGUGGUCGUCCUUGAGCUGUGUGCCUAAGCCGUGUGUUUUGAGCUGUCCUCCAGAGUGAGUUUGUGAAGCUUCGUCAAUUGGUGGCUGGGCCCUGCUGGCCGAGGUUUCCGAACCGGCCGAGGCCGACUGUGUGCAGCAAAGUCUGCAACAGGUGGAGCUCGCGCGACGACCAGAUCUGACGUCGUGGUUACAGCUCGGGUUGUCGUGAGCAAGCCAAGCGGUGGUUCCGAGGACGGGCCCCGCUGCCCGGCUUGGCGCAAAUGCACAAUGCUAAACAAGUAAAUAAUCGGGUGUAACGGCAGCAUUCGUCUCAUACUUUUGAAUGCAAUUUCACUGCAGUGACGUCACUGGAGCAUCCCCCGAUUUGUGAUUUUUUAUCGUAUUUUUUUUACUCCUUAACGAAGCUUCUGGCUUGUCAGUCAGCCAGGAACGCACAGCUUAAAGUGGUUAUCUUCAACACCAGAUUAAUUUUUAUUGUCGGUAGAGUUGCAAGUCUUCUCUCACCAAGCCUCCUGUUUGCUGAUGCCCGGGCAGUUGAUCUGAAAUUUUGUGAAAAGCAGAACAGCUCCUGAGUCUCUAGGAAUGUUAUUUUUUUUACGGUGCUGGCUUGACACCAGACUCCACGUCAUCUAGACUGGAGGGGACAUCCUUCAACUGCUUAGUCUACCCUCAUUAAGGCCAACGCAUCCUUCCCACGUCCAUACCACGUUCCCGUCAUCUCGGUAGCGGUGGCAAGAGCGGUCGCUCGUGUUGGAUCAAAGGUUAAAACCGGCGUGCACGUGCACACGUGGGUCCUACAGAAACGGAGAGGGACGAGGGUAAAGUGCCGAGCGACGGCGUACGAUGCGGAACUGCGCUCGGUGCGUCGGGCUGUGUCGCGAUCGUGUCCGUGUUCCGGUCGAGUGGAGAAUGCUAGUCGUGGCCGGUGUGACGUCGCGACAGGGGUGGACGGCGGCACCACAUGCAGGAGUUGGUGGUGGACAUUGAGGGGCGGCGGUGGUUGGAAUUUGGGGAAAUGGGGAUGAGGGGGAAGGAGGCUAAAGAGACGAUUUUUCUUGAGAUUCACACACACACGGGGGCGACAGUCCUAUCUUAUUUUUCUCCUUGCCAAACGAUAACGGUGGCCCCGUGAGUGCCGUCACGCGAAUGGUUUUCAAUCCCGAGGUUCUUUGGCAUCAGGUUUCAUCCUCGUUCCUCUGUGACCCAUUGCACUUGCAUUUGACUUAGUGGCAGCGCUGGGAAGUCGACAUUCCACAAUUCGGGGGGGGCGGGGGCGGGGGGAGGCCUCUGAGAAGUUUAGCUUUGAAACCCCCUCGGUCUUUGGGCGUUCGCAAGGCAGGUUCGUCGGGCUCCCGUGUGUGGCUACGCAUGGCCAUGGGGAGGCACUGAAGUUCGCUUUUUCGCUGUUGUGUUCCUUUUGGUUUGUUAACGCAUAAUGUCCUGCAACUGAUUUUGGGAAGGACCGCAACUUGUAAUGCAAGCUGGCUCGUACGCAGCGACGGGGCAUGACCUGGGCCCAGACCAAUGCUCCCUUUUACGCCCUGGUGUGCAAGUACCGUGCGUGCAAUAUGUUAUGGGGAAAACAAUACGGCGCUUUUGUUAAAAUCUUUUCACUUUUAUCAGGCGAUUCAACUUGUACAAUAUGCUACACUGAUUUUGUUAAAAACUAAAAAAUCUUUCUCGUAAUUUAAAGUUAAUAUAUGCAUUUUUUUCUUUCUCAAACUGAAAUAUACUGUAAUUGGAAAUCUGUGUGCACGUAAACAAUUUAUUUUUCGCAUGCGCGAAAGUAAUUUUAAUUUUCUCACCGAUUUAUCGUCAACUUCAUGGGCUGCUCGGUAAAUCUGUUAGCUCUGCUCCACGAGCCGUUGAAUUGUUAGCGAGUAACGAGCCCGCAACGAGGUCAAACAAGGUCACCGGAAAAUCGGCCUCCGCACGUGCACGCGGCUUGCGCAUCUCCAAAUCGCUCGUUUUUAUUUUUCCUACGUUCUUAAAUUCACUUAGAGGGGGGGAAAAAAAUUAUCCCCCUUUGGAAUUUUAUCACCACCCACCUCGGGGCACGGUCGGGAAAGAAAUGCCUUAGUAACGACACUUCAAACAAAACUAGAGCAGCGCAAGCUUUACACGAUUUAAGUUUUUGCACUCAUUGCGCGCGUUGUGUUUGUUUCGUCUAUUAUUAUUUAAUGGGCUUUUGUGUUUCGCUGUCCGUGGUGCCGUUUCGCGAAUGGCAGGUGGACGGGGCCCGGUGUGGUGGGACAGUUUGUUUUUCUGUCAGCUCCAUCGCCGGCACGGAGCUGCCACUGCUGCCCCUGUGCUGGAUGUUGCCGGCGCUCCACCCCCUCACCCCCCCCCCCCGCCCCCCCGCGGUCGAUGGCCGAUAAGGCACCUUUGCCCUGCGUCCUGCGCGACAGUGAGGUCCGAGCUGUCGACAUAUCGCGUCGGUGCGUGGGUGGGCCGGUUAGGUGGGGCGGGGGGGGGUUACCUGAGGGAGGGAGGCAUUGAUGGUUUCCAACAUUUACUACCUCAUCGCAGUGAUUCCUUUCGCCGGAGUGCGCGUGUGCCGCCCAGUUUGUGGUGUCUCCGCAGCUGUGCCGCUCCCACCUGGAGCCGAGCGGCCGAAGCGAAGCUCAUUUACGCACGAAUCGGGUCGUCCUCGGUAUCGUGGGUUCGAACUAUGUCCGCCGGGGAUUCCGAGAUGGCGGCUGCAGGACUGGUCUGGCGAGCUCACGGUCGUCGCUCGCUUUUUUGCGCCGUCGUGGCGGACGGGCCUGCGUCGUCCUGAGAUGUCUUUUUCCAAUCUUAACAACAAGAAGUCUUUACAAAAACAUUCACCGAUCUUGAACGUUCUUAGCACUGGAUGACAAUGCGGUGGCGACGAUAAUGAUGAUGUAUACUUAUUUAAGAAUGCCCCAUUGGGCCUCGUGGCAUCUUUAUAGCAGAUCUCGCAGGAGUGGAAUGCUGCUGCUGGUGAGAAGCCCGGUCGAUGCGCUGUCCGUUUACCAGCUGGUCGCCCGUAGGUGUCGGUGGGGGGGCGUGUGGACUAAGUUCUUGGUCCUCUCCAAGAUUUGGGAAUUCACAUCACCAGCGCAUAUUCUCUUUAUCGUGACAGACUUCUUAGAAGCGUCUCACCCCCAGUUUGGCGCUCGUGCCCUUUGAGUGCCAAACCCCCCCCCCCCCCCCCCUCUCAAGAGGGUGGCUGGUGGUGAGCUUUUCUUGGUCAGAUUUCAGGCUUACACACUGCGUUCGACAGAUUACCUUUAAUGUAUGUAUGUAUGUACAUAGCUCUAUAUAUAGUGAUAUUAUUGAAAUCACUCGUGCACACACGCGGGCCCAUAAGAUGCUGCAUUCUGUGUCCAGACGAUGCUCCGAACGAUAUUUUUGCGAGGUUUUUUGUUGUUGUUGAAAUGUUCGGGGUCGGGCCUGGUGCUUGUGGUUCACCCUCUGUCAAAUGCUGCAUUGAAACACAUCUACCUAUUUUUUAGACACGUAUCGUUUUUCUAUCGUAUUACUGAAUAACUGGAUGCAAGCGUGUGUGUGCGCGCGCGUUUGUAGGGGGGAGGGGGUUAUGGAACUGGGAGACGGAGUGGGGGGGGGGGGGGUGAAAUCCCAAGUAUUUUAAACAAAUAGGGCAGACUCGGGGAAUGGGAAGCGUUUUGCAGAAACGGCUCGUGCAGCCCCCGGAUGAAACUGAUGAAUAACAAACGCUUUGUCCCGGGUGACAGAAAACUUAGCAGAAGACAAAAAAAAAUACAAAUGACAACAGCAACAACAAUUGCACUAUGUAUUUCAGAAUGUGUGUGGUUUAUUUUGUUGGGAUCAGGUUUCGCCGAUAGGUUCUUAUUUAAUAACGGCAGUCGUUCGUGUCUCGGCUCGGUUCUUCCUUGAGCCGCUCUCGCCCCCGGAGAUGGCGCUACGAUGCAGGGGCGUGAGGGACGGGUGGCAGGAUGGGGGACGUGGGACGUUGUCCCGGUCCCAGUGUUUACGAUCAAGGCCCCCCCGGUGCCAGCGACCACACAGCUCUGACCGCCGCGUGUCGGGCGUGUAGGGCAGGACGCCCGCAGCAACAGCAGUAUCGGUCAAGCGCCGUGCGCGCAAACUCGUCACGGCUGUCUCGCGUCUAACCCAUUCCCCACCCCCAACCACUGCCGCACGCAGCUUCUCGUGUACCGCAGUGGGACCAUGCGUCGUUCCGUCGUGGAUCUGAGUUGACGCCGUUUAUAAUCUCGUGGGGAGGUGGGGGGGGUGGAUGAUGGGUGCACGGACCUCGGGCUGUGCGGUGUGUCGCCCGGGGUGCUUCCGCUCAGGUUGCCCGCGACACUUCCUGGGGGUUUCCGUGAGGAGGUCCAAAAGAACGGCGAGGUAGCUCUAUGUUGUGGACGCGAACCGAGGAUGGGUGGUCCCCUGGCCUGUCCGAAAACAAACACACACACGAGUUUGAAGCUUCGUUAUCGGUCAAAAUGCCUGCGGUCAUACAAGUGACGAAUCUCGCCUGGAAAUAUGCCCGAUCUCGUAACGUCUCAGGAGCUAAGCAGAAUGUUGAGCCUGGAUAGUGCUUCGAAGGGCGACCUGCAUUCACAAAGACAAGUGUCGCAGGCUGCAGAGGGCAAUGCAGCGAUUUCCGGUGUUGUACUGUAGUAUGCUCCCAGCACCUACAUCCCCUGCCUUCAACCCGCACCGACAAGUGUGGGUUGACGGCACAGGGGGCUGGCUGUACGCUGAGGAAAAACGAAUACUUUCGAGUGACUUUUAUGUGCGCGCUCCGGUGUCAUCACCGACCGACUUGAUUUCCAUUAAAUUUUAAUCCAUCCGCUACUCUCGCAUCACGAGGGCUAUUUGAUUAUUAUUCAAUAACGAAGCUUCUGACUUGCGUUGGGACAGCCACAGGAGGUUUAACGUAGGUGUGUAACUGCAAUACGAGAGCUGUUGCGUCCUUUUAAUCGACGUUCUGGAUUUUUUUUCGGAGCCGUUUUCCCUAUGCUGGGAAUUUUCACUCCUGGCUUAGUUGACGGUCGGUCUGGACCUGCAGGUGUUGAACCCUGACCACGGCUUCGGUUUGUGGGGGGGGGGGGUGGGUUGGUCGGUCCUCUUGUACCUCUUUUUCCAUUGCACAAUCAAGCCAUGCCGUGGCCGAACCGAGCCAGCACGGCGCCAGGUUGUUGUUUUUUCCACUGCAUAACUCGAGCCGUGUUGCUGACGUCGCACGCAACAGGAAAAUUGAAUAGCCUUGCCCCUGGACCCUUGGGAACUCGAGCCAGAUUCAGAUAUCUAAGUGAGGCCGGGCAUUUGCACGGAUUGAGUUCUGACUUGGCUCUGCAAAUUGCCAGUGGGGAAAACCAUCCCCUACCCGCGGAGGGCAUCGCACUGUGACCGGCGCGCAUCGUUCAGAUGUUCCAGUGGAAAAAUUGCGUGAUUUUAUUUUGGCACUCAUUCUUUUUCAAAUACCUCAAUACUAUUAUUGAUUUGCAUGCACAUUGCAUCUGGUGCUGUUUUGUUAUUUUUGUUCUAUUUUUGUUUUGUUACAUGCUUGAAUUCUUUUUUUUGCACUGCCCUCUCUUGAGUGAUACCUCGACAGGCGCUGUUCACGAUCCUAAUCAAAGCAACUUCUCUGUUUCCUCUGCAGAGCCCAGCAAAACCAUUGCCCCUUGGCUAUAAUCAUUGUUAUUAUUUUGUAUCAUCACUACUAUAUUAUUAAUGCAUAUAUUAACUUGUUUUGUGAAACCCAUUUACCACUUGGUGGAAAAUAAUAAAAAAAUGCAGCUUAUCAAAAAGUUAGAAAUUUUCUCGGUGCAUUCCCACGGCAGAAAAUAGCCGGACGUAUUGAAAUGUUCUGCGGUAAUUUCGUAACUUUUCUCUGAACGAUUCGGGAUGCAGCUGGUGGUGAAAAUGCAAGAUUCUUUCAACGCAGUCGUUUGGAAUGUGAAAAACUGGUGCUCGGCAAUGUAUCAUUGCUCCACGUUCGGUUAAGUGCACUGCUGGUAUGUGUGUAUACUAACAGACACAAACACACGUUUGUUUUUAUAUAUCUACGUGUUUAGUUUCGAGCACAUGUAUGUAUUUGACACGGGACAAGGCUUUGGUUGCCUCUGUUCAGCAGCCGUUCUUCGCACGUGAAUGGUCUUUGGUUCACUCUCCCGUUGGACGCAUGAUGGGGUGGCUCGGUGGGUCUAUCGCCUCACUUACUUGAAGGUCGAGAGGGGGGGCGGGCGAGAGGAGUGGGGGGGGUGUCGGUGUGUGUGUGUCUUUUGGAGUGCGAGACGAGGGUUGAGUGCCACGUGCGUGCAGAGAGAUUGUCAAGAGGCAGUUUGGAGCGAGGUGUUAAGGGGGUCUCGAUGUCGGUUGCUCAUUGCUGCUUUGUGGAUGUUCUAGAUGGGGUUGUUAUCGAUUAUCGAGUGUUUUUUUGUAAUGUUUAAAUAAUUAGUUGUUCUACAAGAAGAAGAACAAAAACUCUGCACGGAAUCGAUAGCCGAAUCCGGUUGAGCGUCCGUCCGGUAGCGAUCGUUUAAUGGAGCAUUCGCACCGUCGCCGCGGAUUCCAGCCCUAAUUAGUCCACUUGGCAACCAAACCCAUGGGAUACAGAACUUGUAUAUUGAAACUUACCGCACUUUGUCGGUCCACUGCUGGAUGAGGGCGUCAUCACACCGCCGUUUCAGAAAUGUGGGGUGGGUGGGGGGGGGGUGCUUCGUUGACCAUACUUGAGCAGUCUGCUCAGUACCGAAUGUCUGGAGGUUUGUGAACCGAUACAUUUUGUCGAUUUUUUUUCUCCCCAUUUGGCAUCGUCUUGUUUGCAUGUGAUUAUCGACAUCGCUUAGUUCAGGGGUGGGGAACGUCCGGCCCGCGGGCCGCAUUAGGCCCGCGAAAUCAUUUGGUGUGGCCCUGCCAAGGCAACCGCAGGCGGGACUCGAAAUUCAAUAAAUCUAGGAGCAAACCUGGAAAAGCAGUUGCGAGUAGCAACAUCAUCAAUACCAGCUAACAUCACAUGCCUCGCCAAAGAGAAGCAGUUCCAGCCAUCAUCACAUUAGGGGCGAGUUAAUGAAAUGUUUGACCGAAUAUAACAGGCACAUUUUUAAGUUGACCAUUUUGUAUGUCCCGCGAAUAAUGUAUAAAUAUCCAAAUGACCCUUGGCAGAAAAAACGUUCCCCACCCCUGCCUUAGUUGAACACUGAUUACGAACAUCCCUACGUCGAGACCUAGAGCGAGCAAACUGGACAGCUCCCAAACGACGACGACGACGGGAUGUCUACGCGUCAGUCUGCCUUUGACACGUCAUGAACAAGCCAAGUGUCGUGUGUGUGUGUGUGUACUGCUGUAAUGUUUUGCUUUGGUGGCGGCUGUGAAUUUUGCAUUUCCGCGUCGCCAAUCCCAUGACCCCCUUCCCCUCUCCCCCCCGUGCACGUUUCGUUCACGCUACGGCGGGGUGGGGGGGGGGGAGUCGUCGGUCCCCUAGCAGUCGAGAGGCAGAGGUCGCAAACGUGUUUUGAUUCCUUACCCGUACCCGGCCGCACCAGGGUCGCAAACGGCUACCCGUACCCGGCCGGGUACGGGUAGCCGGGUAUCGGGUAGGGUACGGGUAAUCGGGUACCCGGUUGCGACCUCUGGUGAGAGGGCCUGGUGGGGAGGCUGGUGGUGUGCAACCUCGUUGCUCUUGCCCGUGUGAUCGCCGUUCGUCCGCGUCAAGUCUGGUGGGGUUGUCCGUCGAGAUGAUUGUGCCUUUGCGUCAUAUGGUCGUGGAGAAAUUAGCGUCUCUCAAAAAUCGUCACUUUUGUCGAGACGUGUAGCUCUGCCCCCCCCACCCCCCCCCCCCGUUCCUAAGGUAUUACAUUACUUUGUUAAGUGUUUUUUUAGGAGAUGCUAUCAUUAUUAUUCCUAUUAAUAUCACCGUUUUAAAUCGAAUCGUUUGGAAUGCAGGUUUUAGGGCUAAAUUGUGGGCGUUGCGCGGUCAUUUUUAGUCACAAUUGUCACGUUUUUAGGGUCAUCUACGUAUCGAGUGUCAUCGCGUCGCAAUGUAACUCUGCUUUACUGCUUUCGACUUCACCAUUCUUUGCCACUGCUGCUCCACGUGUGCCAGUGUGAUUGAGCGUGUGGGCAGCGGUGAGCGCGCUGCGGCGACCCGAGUUCGAUACCCGCUCGUAGCCAACAUCGGUGACGAAUAUCUGAACAUCAGCAGUUGGGGGGGGGGGUGGGGGGAGACAAAUGUGGCCGGGAGUGAUGCCGGCCAACCACCCCCUCGUGUGCCGUGUUGGCCUUCAUAGGUGCUCGCAAAUAGCACUUGCCCCAACGGUCUGAUGAAGCUAUACGGGGAUCUUUGUCUUUGUGGAUGUUGAGACCAGUCAAAGUAAAAUCUUUAUUGGCUUAAAAUAAAAUAAGGCAUUUGGACAAUUCUGACGUGCAGCUCUCGCUAAGAUAGAAAAAAAAAUCAUGCGUGUGUCUUAAUAAAAAAUAAUCCCCACCCUCGUAUCGACUGUAACAUGUUUAUAUUCUGUGUUUGUACGCCUUCAAUUACUUGUUUUGAUAUAUACUUACGUAUAUUAAACUCUGUUUGAAAUGUAAGACGUUACACUCGGUGACGGAAGUGCAUUUUGUGAAAGAGAUGCGAAAAUGUGCCGGUUCAACCUCAUCCA